AUGGCCUCAUCUGAUUUGCUGUAUCCAAUAUUCGUGAUACCUUGGCGCCUGUCCAACUUGCACACCAAUUACUCGUUUCUUAUAGGUGGUCAGCUUGGUCAGGCCUUGUGUAAGCUUCUCCUAUUCUUUAGUAACGUUUCCAUUGUCAUGUUGACUCAGAAUCUGAUUCUGAUAGCGGUGGAUCGAUUUGGAGCCGUGUUAUUUCCACUCCGUUUGCCACUCAUCAGAUCCAAGCUGUGUUCCUUCUUCAUUCUUGCCACGUGGAUGUUUGCCAUAGUUUUUAUUGCAAAAGAUUUGUUGGCCUUCGCGCUCGUUGAAUAUCCGGAGGGAGCCAGGUGUGUACGGAGAUGGAAGAAAGUAUUCGGAGAAUCCUCGUCUUUUGCCAGUUUGCUUCUAGCUUACAACAUUCUGUUUACAUACAUCCCUGUGCUGUUGUUAGUCAUUCUUUACUCCAUCAUCUUUAUCAAGUUCAAGACACAAGCACACCCAGGUAAACAGUCGACCAACAAUCAGCAACAACGGAAAAGAAAAAAACGGAAACGUUCUUCAAAUGUCCAUUGCUAUAGUAACAGUGUUUGUGCUUUGCAGGUUACCUUUCAGUACUAGCCAUUUAAUGAUAGCGUAUCAGGAUAGUUCUGCCCAUUUCUCGUGUAGUUUCCAGAUACACUUUGAUGUAACCUACUUUAUGAUUCACUCUGUUCAUUAUCGUUUCACUGGCCGCAAAUUCUCUCAUUGUUAUGAUCGUUUAUAAAACGCCGAACUUAAGAAAACCGGUAAAUUAUUUCAUCACAAACAUGACCUCAUCUGAUUUGCUGUUUCCAAUAUUCUUCACCCCUUGGACACUGUCACACUUGCACACCACCUCGUUUCUUAUCGGUGGUCGGAUUGGCCAGGCCUUUUGUAAGCCUGUCCCCUUCUUUGGAGAAGUUUCCUUUAAGGUUUCGAUUCAGAAUCUGGUUCUUAUAGCAGUGUUUCCAUUUGGAGCCGUGGUGUUUCCACUCUGUUCACCACUCAUCAGAUCCAAGCUGUGUCCCUUCUUCAUUCUUGCCACGUGGAUAGUUGCCGUAGCUAUCUCUUCGCCAUACUUGUUCGCCAAAGAGCUCUUUGAAUCGCCAGAGAGAAAUUUAUGUGUUACGAAAUGCAAGAAAGUAUUCGGAGAGUCAUCGUCCCGUACCAGUUUGCUACUAGCUUACAUCAUUCUGUUUACAUACAUCCCUGUGCUGUUGUUAGCCAUUCUUUACUCCAACAUCUUUAUCAAGCUCAAGACACAGGACACCCAAGUGAACAGUCCGCCAACACUCAGCAACAGCGGAAAAGAAGAAACCGAAACGUGCUUCAAAUGUCCAUUGCUAUCAUUACAGUGUUUGUGUUUUGCUGGUUACCUCUCUCUAUCAAAUUUUUAA